AUGCACAACAGGCAACCGGUUACACCGAAACUACUGUGGCAGAAUCUGAAAGACUUCGAUCUCUGGCCCCUACACAUUCUGGGUCUGGCUUUCCAAAUUCCCAUGACGCCCCAGACACAAUACUUGACAUUGACUCUCAAGGGGCUUGGUUUCGACACGUUCCAAACCAAUUUGCUGACCAUCCCGUACUAUGCUGGGCACAUCGUCUCGAUGCUCAUUUUGACAUACCUGGGUGAAAUAUGGAACGAGCUUACUUUCACGGCUAUGAUCGGCCAGAUUUGGGCGCUUCCACCGCUCGUCUGCCUUGUAGUCCUCAACUUGGCGACUAUCAACAGAUGGGCUGUGUACGCAGUACUGGUUCUGUUGCUCAUCUAUCCCAACGCACAUCCAAUUCAGGUUGGAUGGAACUCUCGGAACUCCAAUGCCGUUCGAUCCAGAACCGUAUCUGCUGCAUGCUACAAUAUGUUUGUCCGGGCUGGUGGAAUAAUCAGUAGUAAUAUUUACCGUGCAGACGACAAACCGUUGUAUAAGCGAGGCAACAGGCAACUCUUGGCCGUGUGCUGUAUGAAUAUUGUUUUGUAUUUCCUGACCAAGGCGUACUACGUUUUCCGGAACAAACAAAGAGACAGGAAAUGGAAUGCUUUGACAGAAGACGAACGGCUGGAUUACCUUGAAAACACCACGGACGAAGACUUUCAGGCAGUCGAGGCAAAUUACACUGGCGAAGUCUCUGGCGCAGAGCCAAGAGCAGAUGAGACCUGGAUGGCGGGGAGAGUGCAGGGAUUUGGACCCUCACCAGAGAUAAGCGAGCUUAUCAAUAAGCGACCUUAUCGAUAA